CCUUCGUCGUUCCCCACCACCCUCUCUGUUUCUCUCUUGACCCAUUCCUCCGUCCCUCCUCUUCUUCCCCUGUCCUCUCUUCUUCCCCUCUCCCAAGUCCUGCCUUCUAAUAGAACCCUCCGCGAACCUUCUAGAAUCUGGAAAUCCCGAAACUAACCCACGCCUUCCCCUCCCCUCUCCAAAAACUUCCUUCUUUAGGAAAAUAAAUUCAUCUUGAGAUCCCCGCUAUCUCCCCUUUUCCAGGAAGGUUUCAAGAAAGGGAGGGAUUUAGCUUCGCCUUAGAUCUUGGAAGAGAUCGUCGGAUCGGUGUUGAGUGGCGAUGGCUCCUUAUCCUCCCCCGGUGGAGGGGGAACAGCUGGCGCCGGCGACGGUUGUGGCGGCGGUCCCGGCGCCGGCAGACGGGCAGAGGUCGAUGCCCACACCAUUCCUGACGAAGACAUAUCAGCUGGUCGACGAUCCGGCCAUAGACGACGUGAUCUCAUGGAACGAGGACGGUACCACCUUCAUCGUCUGGCGACCGGCCGAGUUCGCCCGGGAUCUUCUUCCUAAAUACUUCAAGCACAACAACUUCUCCAGCUUUGUCCGCCAGCUUAAUACCUACGGAUUUCGGAAGAUCGUGCCGGAUAGAUGGGAGUUCGCGAACGAGUGCUUUAAAAGAGGAGAGAAGCGGCUUCUGUGCGAUAUCCACCGCCGGAAGAUCACUCCCGCGGCGCCGGUCCAGGCGGCGAUCCCGAUGGCGGUCCCGGCAAACCGUGGCGGUUCGCCGGAGAACUCGGGCGACGAGCAGGUCCUCUCUUCGAACUCCUCCCCUGGAGGAGAAGGGCAGCAGCAGCCACCGGCGGUGGGGCGGGUGCCGCCGCCGGGGUGUACCAGCGCGGCGGAGUUGAUGGAAGAAAACGAGCGGCUCCGGAGGGAGAACCAGCACCUCUCGCACGAGCUCGGGCAGAUGAAAAAUCUCUGCAACAACAUCCUCCUCCUCAUGUCCAAGUACGCCUCCACCCAGCAGCAGGGCGCCGCCAUCGCCGCCGAUGGGGGCCGAGGCGGAGGCGAGUCGUCGUUGGAGGUGGCUAUGCCGCUGGAGCUGAUACCAGAGAGGUGGUCGCAGGAGGAGGAAGCGGAGGAGGCGCGCGUGAAGGCGGAGGAGGGGCCGGGCCCCACCCCGAGGCUCUUCGGCGUCCCGAUCGGGCUGAAGCGCUCCCGAGGAGCCGAUUCCGAAGGGCUGCAACAGUCGGCCCCGGAUGUGAAACGUGAGCCGUUGGAUCCCGGGGCCGAUCCGCAAGACUUGUCGCCGGACGACCGCCGGUGGCUCCUUUGCCGCCCUCGUCGGAACCAGCGGGUGUGUGCGACGGAAAGCAGGAGCACGUGACCCAAGGUCUCCAUUACGUCCUUCGCGGGCCACCUUGAUCAGAAGCCUAGAGAACUUCCUAGAAUUUUUUUUUUUUGUAGAAUAAUAAUCUGGAAAAUAUAUAUAUAUAAAAAAAAACGGAAGUGGAUUUUCCGCUCUCAAUUGGAAAGGUCGGAAGUGCUGCUGCUGGCGCCUGCCCACGCGCUAAUGGAAGGGUGAAGGCCGUCCUUUUCGCAGUCUUUUUUUUUUUUCCUUGUGUGUAAAAUGUGGUUGUUCUUGGCUUC